AUGCACAAAAGGAGGAGAUUUGAGGCCAAAGACCAAGAGAUUGAGAUUCCGGGUGAAGAGAAGAUCUCAAGAACUGAGUUAUUGUUAUCAACUCUUCAGUUGGCGGUCGAAAAGUAUCCAUUAUUUUCUGACAUUACCUCCGAAGACUUCCCGACCUUGAAGUCUAAGUACUGUCCGGUUAGCGAUCGGUCGCCGAUAUUCUCCAUCGACUGCGAGAUGUGUUUCACGACAGCCGACAAACUGGAAGUGACCCGCGUUUCGGUCGUUGACGAGAACUGUGCCGUCGUUUUUGACACUUUAGUUAAACCUAAGAAUAAAAUCACAAAUUAUUUGACGAAAUACUCUGGAAUAACAAAGAAAUUGUUGGAUCCGAUAGAUGUGACUCUCGAAGACGUUCACAAAGAAUUGGAUCGAAUCCUUCCCGAAGACGCCAUUCUUUGCGGCCAAUCGCUGAACUGUGAUCUUCUGGCGCUACAACUCAGUCAUCCAUAUAUUAUCGAUACGAGUGUUAUAUACAACACGUCAGGUCUGAGACCAGUGAAGCCGUCGCUCAAAUUUUUGAGCAAAAAGUUUCUCAAUCUUGAGAUUCAAAACAAUGACUCGAGUGUUGGCCACGACUCGACUGAGGACGCGGUGGCGGCCAUGAAAUUAGUGAAACUGAAGCUAAGUAUGGGUCUGGAGUUCGGCGAUCGGGUCCUCUCUAAAGUGGAUUACGGCAACGAAAACAGGAAUUUUUUGCCGAUUAAUAGUUAUUUAGAGAGAAUUAACACAAAACUCAAUGUUUUCUACGAUUACUGCGAUAUUGAAAGCAGUGAUAAAUCGCUCGUCAUUUACAGCUCUUCUAACAAAUCUAGCCAUCAAUUGUCUGAAGCUAUUAAUCAAUGCAUUCAUUCAGAUAAACAAAUCUGUAUUCUUCUUAACAAAUCCGGCAAAUGUUUUAUUAAAUUUUAA